CCAUUCAUAUAAUACGGCAGCCUGCCCUCUGUCUUUUUUUUUUCUUUCCUCUCUUUCUUCUUCAGCAAGCACUCAAACACCAAAAGCUAGUUCUUUGUUUUUUCUAAUCCCUUUUCUUUUUUCCUCUUCUUAAUACACAAGAGCUGGUCUCUUAUCCCUUAAUACUUACCUAAAAAACAAAAAUCUAUACACCAUAUUACUAGUUGCCGGUCAACUAUACGCCUAUUCACUACCGCUAUACCCCCUAAUAAAACGAAAAACUAGUUUUUACUUGCUCGAAAACGCCCCUUAAAUUUUUUUAAGAAACGACAAUUUUUGCAAUAACAUAUUAAUCAAAAUGGCGACCUUCCAACUUUCAUUCUCUCUUCGCGUUUCUUCCGGCGUUAAGUCCGUCCACCUGCUCGGUUCUUGGGACAACUACGUUGGCCAGAUCCCCCUUUCCAAGGACAAGACCUCCAGCAAAUCAGGUUCGUGGAAGGGCACUUUCCGAUUCCAGGGCAACCUCGAGGCUGGCCAGCGAUACUGGUACUACUACAUCAUUGAUGGAUACCAUGUCUCGCACAACCCCAGUGAGCCGUCAACCGUCGAGCCCACUACCGGCCGAGAACUGAACAUCCUUGAUGUUCCCAAGGACAAGUCCAGCAAGUCUUCAUCCAAGUCUCACAGCUCCAGCAAGAGCUCGUCAAAGAGCACAUCGUCGUCCAAGGACAAGCACCGAUCUUCCAAGCACUCCGAUGUUCCUAAGGGCCGACCUCUCUCCGUCUCGCAGAUCGUUGCCCCCAAGCCCAGGUCUCCCCACGCAACCCGUCACAUCCUGGAUGCUGACUACUGCGACGAUGAGACCAUCGAGGAACUUACAGCACGCUUCGGCAGCGCUGGUUUCGACGAGGAGGACAUCAUCACAGACUUCUCCACCUCCCCCGUCUCCUCGUCCGGCUCCAGCCUAUCCUACCGCUCCGACAGCUCGUCGCCAAGCUCCUCGCUUUCCGGCUACAGCACACCUGCCUCGGACUGCAGCAACUGCACUUGCGAGCGAUACGGUAUUACUCGCAAGGGCGACCGCGUCAAGAUCGACUGCGGUGGCAGCCGAUGUGGCUUCAGCGACGACGACUCCUCUUGCUCCAGCGGUGACGAAGAGAACUACGUCCCCCGCAACUCCCGCCGAAACGGCAUUGUGGUCCGCGCGUAAAGACUUGCACCCCUUGGGGGGUCCCACGAAGCAGCAUAUAAUACGCCAGAAGGCCGAAGAUACGAGAUAUCGAGGCCGUUCGCUCAUUAACGGGCAUAGAGCAGCAAUUUUUUCUAUUCGCUCUGCCCGUCUAGUUGUUCCAUUGCAUCAGCACGGGUUUAUUUUGCGGCAGACGUGAUCAUAAGCUGGUUCUUAUUGAUCGAGCCCUGUCCGCACCCGAUGCGCCCCACCCAUCAGGGUCGAUGCUACGGCCCCCACGAUUGAAAGACACCGUCGAAAGACGGGAGAUCCGCAUCGUGCGAUCGUUCCGUAUGUUUCCGACAACAUUACCAGAAGCACUUAGUCCCUCCCCCGCUCGAGACUAAGCCUGCUCUAGCGAAACACAGCGAGACCGUCCGCCGAGGAGCUGAACGGCGACGGCUUUUGGGGAUGUCAAGAAGGAUAAAUAGAAGUGGUCUCGGAUCCGGCCUACCUUAUGAAGGUCCGAGCAAGCCACCAUUACAUUACAAUGUAAAUAAUCAUUCGUCUACCUCUUAACAAAGAAAAAAAAGAGAGAGAGAGACUACGGAUGGAUUGGGAAGGCAGAAUCUUGUCAAUUAGGUAUAGCUGCCACCGCUGGGUGGAUAGAGGACUUUUGAAUCUAUUCAUCGAACUGAAAA